AUGGCAACAGACACCAACCAGGAUGGAUAUUCCUUUGUUCGAACUUUUAGCAAUAUUGGUGGAGCAAGCGCUAAGUCUAAAACCACUGCAGAUUGCCUGAAUGCCACUAUUAUAGAACCUUAUGGUGGGAAAAAGGCGAUUUUCACCAAAAAGCGAAUUGGGAAGAACCCUACUUUUUUGACGCUUCUCUACAAACUUGCUGUUAAUGUUACCUUGGAAAAAUAUGAAAAGCGGUCGGACGAGUUUAAUAUCCGUCGAUGUUGGGAAUGGGUUAACGGCGAUGUCAUAAUCUAUGAAUUACCCUCAGAACCACAUGAAGUUUAUAUUCACAAAAUUUCUAAGGUAAUAGGUAUUGCUUGCAGAAAUGUUGAUGAUACUCCUGCUGAAAUUUAUGUUUUUGGAUCAACUCGGAUAUAUGCUGAUGGUUCUGCAAAAGAGGUCGACAAUUCAUUUCGUCCGAAAAAACCAGAAGUAGAAUUUCCAAACAGAAUCGAUAAAGGAACUCGCCCAUGGCCAAAUCUGGUUAUAGAAGUUGCAUAUUCCGAGACAAUAGAUCAUGUUACAGACAAA